UCUCUCUAGAGAUAAACUCUCAGAAACAAAAUGAUGCUGUGCUCAGUCCGAAUAGACUAUCAUGUCUCCUUAAAAUUAGAAUUACAUUAUUCAUUGCAACGCUGUUUUUAAUGAAUGUAUCUGCAAAGUUGGAAAAUCCCAGUAUCUGCAAAAUAUCCACUGACAGAAUGUUUUUUUUUGUUUUCAUAUGUGCACAUGGAAACAGAGUCACAAUGAGGCUGUCAUGGUGACAUUUAGGGAAUAACUAAGCAUUUAGUUACGGUUAGGAGAAAAAUAUUUGAAACACAAGACAGGGUGCAUUGACUUUUGAAUAUGUAAAGAGAACCACAAUCUUUCUGUAAUCUUACAGUUGAAAGGAUUACCAGUUUACCAUUUUGGGAAAUGCUUGCAGUCUUUUUGUGCUAGCCGAGAAUCGUGUAAUGUAUGCAAGAAAGCAAAUGAGUACACUUCCUAAAAACUAUCCCUUUGACCAAAAUGUUUUUGUUCUCCGACCUGAUCUGCACCCACUCACAGGAUGCAGGAAAUGAAUCACGCCUCUCUUCUCGGAUCCAUCGUCACACAACAUCACACAACAGCAGGCACAUGACCGCAAGUCAGAGUCUUUGGUCAUUCAGAGUUUUGCUCCCGCCGCGUGCCUUUGUUGAUUUGUGUGGAGUCCACUUUGGUCCUCAGAAGCAGCCGUGCACCACUUUGCCUCAUUUUACCAGAAUGCGUCUUGCCACAGAGGAGAAAAUAGAGCUGGGACCGACGGAGCAGGGGACAGUCAAUCCUGUGUUUGGGGGCAAAGACAGUGAUGAACAGCCACAGCUGACAGUUGACAUUGGCGAGCCACAGACAGAGGCCCUGGAGGAGACGGUGGACAAAGGUGUAGAUCUGGUUUACUCCCUCAAUGACAGGCCGCCGUGGUACCUCUGCAUUCUGCUCGGCUUCCAGCAUUAUAUCCUCGCAUUCGGCGGCAUCAUCGCAGUCCCGCUGAUCCUGGCCGAGCCGCUCUGCAUAAAGGACAACAACGUCGCCAAAAGCCAGCUCAUCUCCACCAUAUUCUUCGUGUCGGGGUUAUGCACACUGCUGCAGACCACUGUCGGUUCCAGGUUACCAAUCCUCCAGGGUGGGACUUUCAGUUUCAUCACUCCAACUCUGGCCAUUCUCGCUCUGCCAAAGUGGCAAUGUCCGGCCCCGAAUGCACCCGUGAUGCUGUCCAUGCAGCUUCAAAAUGGCACCAGUCCACUACAGGUGGAAAAUUCUGAUGAAGUCUGGAUGUCACGGAUGCGCGAGAUCCAGGGAGCCAUCCUUGUGUCCUCUCUUCUCCAGAUUGUCCUGGGCUUCUCUGGCCUGGUGGGCCUCGUGCUGAAAUACAUCGGCCCGCUGGCUAUCGCUCCCACCAUCAACCUCAUAGGCCUGUCUCUGUUCAUUGAAGCUGGGAAGAAGUGUGGAGGUCACUGGGGAAUAGCUGCUCUCACUGUCUGUCUGAUCCUACUGUUCUCGCAGUACCUCAGCAAAGUUGAUGUUCCAAUGAUUGCUUACAAGGAUAAGAAGUGGACGGUCUUCCAGUAUCCGCUCUUCAAGCUCUUUUCCGCUCUACUCGGGAUGUGCGGUGGCUGGCUGGUCUGCUUCUUGCUGACCAUCUUUGACGUCUUUCCAUCAAAGUCCGAUGAGUACGGCUUCUCAGCCAGGACCGACAUCAACAUGAAUGCUGUGACGAACUCCCCCUGGUUUCAUGUGCCUUACCCAGGUCAAUGGGGUUUGCCCACAGUGAGUGUAUCUUCAGUGUUGGGUAUGAUGGCAGGCGUGUUGGCAUCUACCAUGGAAUCAAUUGGUGACUACUACGCUUGUGCUCGCUUGUCCGGUGCCCCUCCCCCACCAACUCAUGCCAUCAACCGAGGUAUCGCCGUGGAGGGCAUUGGCUGUAUCCUGGCUGCACUGUGGGGAACUGGAAAUGGCACCACCUCCUACAGCCAGAACAUCGCUGCACUUGGCAUUACCAAGGUUGGCAGCAGACUGGUCAUCCAGACGACUGGGAUCCUGAUGAUCUUACUGGGGAUCUUUGGGAAAUUUGGAGCAGUUUUUAUUACCAUCCCCGACCCGGUCAUUGGAGGCAUGUUUCUCGUCAUGUUUGGAAUGAUAGCAGCAGUGGGGAUAUCCAAUCUCCAGUAUGUGGACCUCAACUCGUCACGUAACCUCCUCAUCCUUGGCUUCUCCACCUUCAGCGGCCUUGUUUUGCCUACCUGGUUUCACUCCAACCCGGGCGUCAUUGAUACAGGAAUCAAAGAAUUGGACCAAGUGAUUGUUGUGCUCUUCACCACACACAUGUUCAUCGGCGGAUUCUUUGGCUUUAUCCUGGACAACACAAUUCCUGGCACCGACAGAGAGCGAGGCAUCAAGAGCUGGCGGGACAAGGUGCAAGAGGGAAGCAAAAACAUCUGUGACCAAUCGUGCUAUGAUAUCCCCUUCUGCAAUGGCAUUUUGAAGCAGUUUAGAUGUUUCCAGUACAUGCCCUUCCUUCCUUCCUACAAGACCAGCCAACAGCGGACAUCCCAGUAAAGGACUGUAAACUUACAAGGUAGCAUUGAUGCCAGCAGAUGAGCCCUAUGAAAACAAACAAUAGCUGUUUAGCUGUAGAGGAAUAACUAUUCUCACUUAAAAAUGAUUGGCACAAAGGUGGACAGGACAGUAAGUUGUUUAAUUGCUCCUACAUGACAGUGUGAGGAGAUAGUUUUUCAAUACUGAACCACUGUUAACACCUUUCCUCUCACGGUCCAAACAUAUGCAGGUUUGCGGAGUGCAUAAAACUAAUUCUAAAACACAUUUUCAUCUUUAAAACAGAGGCAAAACAGUUACUGUUUGCCUCUAAAGGGUAGUGUACAUGACAUCUUUAGGCAGCCUGUGGCUUAAACCUUUCAGUGGUUGUAGUGUGUGUGUGUGUGUCUGAAACCACCUUUCAGAUAGGACUGCCACUGUGGAUGCAAGGGUAGUGAUGUGGGAACAGCCUGCCCCCCUUUACUAUUACUAACAUACAACUCUCAGUGAAUAUAAAAUACUGCAAUGCGCAGUGGAUAGGUUUUUGUGAAAUAAAUACCAAUUCACAUCAAGGUUAGAUCUUUUUGGCACUUUGGCAAAAUUAUAUAUUUUUUCCUUACAAAAACACUGAAUUUAUAUUGUGUUUACUGAUACACCUGAGCUGCUAUUUCUCCAUUGGACAGUUGGACUUCAACAGAAUAAACCCCUCCCACAAAAUCUUUAGGGUUAUUUUGCUCAGUCUUACUGGGUUAAUAAAACAAAUACAGUGCCUGAACCAAUACAUCCUCAUACAUAAACAAGUGAAUGGGUGGAUUGCCAGUGACUCCAAAGACAACAAAGCUCCAUUUCCAAAACAACAGCACCAUUGCAAAGUGCCAGCAACAGGUGUACCAAACCUUUUCCUUUUGUGAAGGAAAACAUCUUGGUUUUGCUCGAAAUGACUCUGUUGCUUAUGUGACUUCAGUUACAAAUGUAUGUACGUUACAGUACAUAUGUAACUAUAGUUUCAUUAUGUAUGUGACUUAACUUACCUACAUGAGAUGUCAAAAUAACUCACUGUUCAUUUUAGUUUCACACUGGAGUGUAGCAGUGGUCUCUGAGACAUAAGUCUUCUGCCUGUUUGACCCUACUGCCCAACACAAUCUCUUCCUUAUGCACACAUUGUUGAUCUUUACUCUACUUUACCUGACUUUCUCCUUUGCAGCUGUAAUAAUUACUUUGUCAACGAGAAGUUGCCACUUAACAUCAAACAUCAGUUUGGGUUGUAAAUGAAUUCCUAAUCACUAAUCACUAAUCACCUUCAUCAAAUACAAUGAACUUCAGCAGAAAUAAUAUGAGAUACAGAUACAACUUGGGGCAGGAUUUGUGAAAAAAUAAACAUGCAUUUUUUGUAAUACAAAUGGGUGAUGAAGCGUUCCAAACCAAAAAGAAUGAGCCCACCCACGUAUCUCUCCAUUGCUUUGAACAGGUUGUGUGCUGCAUGAAGUACUGCAAUUUGUGGACUGUGCAUUUUUCAUGGUCCUUUAGUCUGAAACAGAAUAGUUAGAGAUAUGUCCCUUUAUAUAUGGAACCGAAAGCACCAGUUUGGCUGAUGGCUGCAGUUACCCUAAUGGCCGUCGUGUCACUAUUGAGUCUCAUUUCUUGAUCCUGCUCCAAGUUCCUUUGAAUCUAUGACAGAAGGUGUGUCGAUAUUCUGCUGCCCUGAUAUCACAGUUGGGCAGUAAAGAGUAGAGUAGCUUUGUUGAGCAGUACCAUAGGGCCCUUUGUACUGAAGCAGUAGCAAGACAAGAAGAACAAGUGCCAUGUCUUCCAUCAGACCUCAUGAAGAGUUUGCAAAGACAUUAUUUAGACACAUCCCUUUAUGAGAUACUAAAUUAAAAAGUAUAUACAUUUUUAAACACCUCUUGGGUGUCUUUUUGAGGCAAAAUGUUGCUUAUCUUUAAUCAAUCGACACUGAGUGACUUUCAUGUAUUAAAAAAAUUGUUGUAUCCUCAAAAAAUGAUGCAAUGUUCCAAUGCAGAGUCAAAAAUGACUUUAAAGCUAGUGUAAGGACCAACUCUGUAUUCAACUAAUGUAUCAUGAGGCUACUGAACCUACUGUUUACAAUCACAAAUGUGUUUUUACCUGUAUGUUUCCAGUAGGAUCAUUACUACCUCACUGAGAACAGUAAUUUGCAGGAACAGAUCAUUGGAUAGUGGAAGGCUUUUUCAUAAAAAAAUAAAUAAAUAAGAAUAAUAUGUCAUGUCAUUAAAAUAUCUGUUUUCAUUAAUG